AUGAAAGCUGCUGUGCUCGCCCUUGCCGUGCUCCCUAUCGUCCUGGGAGCGACGUACCCGCUCGCUGAGAGCUGGAAUCCUCUGCCGUUUUCAAGAGCGGCACAGCUGACGAUCAUCAGUGGUGAUGUUUUCUGGGGCAAGCCUUCGAAUCAAUCCCUGUACUACACCACCAGCAAGGGCACCACCAUCCUGAAGGUUGACAACACCUCGUUCGUCCCUUACAACGACAAGCGGUUCGCGCCCAAGCUGCUGUCGAAGAGCGCGUAUGGGGUGGGAACGGUCUGGGUGAUGGAUGCCGUGCACAUGCCUUACGGAUGCUCGGUAUGGCCGGCAUUCUGGACGCAGGGACCGAACUGGCCAAAUGGAGGCGAGAUCGACAUUGUCGAAGGCAUCAAUCAACAGCAGGGCAACCAGAUCGCCGUCCAUGCUGCAUCCGGUUGCACUGCAACUCCUAUCGGCCAAACGACCGGCUCUCUCACUCAGGCCAAUUGCGCUGGAGGCGCAGGAGCCUCCGGCUGUCUCUUCAAGGACAACAAUGCAAACUCGUUCGGGUCAGCCUUUGCUGCGGCUGGCGGAGGAGUGUAUGUCGCCGAGCUCGCGUCGGAUGGGAUUCGAGUCUGGUUCAUGAGCCGCUCCAACGUACCGAGUACACUGACUGCGUCUUCUUCGAGCAUCGACACGAGCACGCUUGGGACACCGGUCGCUUCCUACUCGAGCUCGUCGUGUAACAUCGCGCAGCUCUUCACACCGCAAACCUUGACCUUGACCAUUACGCUCUGUGGAGACUGGGCUGGGAACGCAAUUCAGGAGACUUGCCCCGCCCUCGUCAGCCCUCAGACCUGCUACACCACCUAUGUCAUCAAUGAGCCCGCUCAAAAGUACGACAAUGCCUACUUUGAGAUCAACUACGUCAACAUCUACUCGUCCACCAAGUCCAACGUUACCGGGUCGAGCGCCAGCUCCGCAGCAUCUGGUACUGGCGCGUCAAGGACGCAGACUGUAGGGACUCAGCAGUCAGGUUCUGCGGCGGCGCAGAGCUCCAGGGCGGCUGGCAAGAAGCGGUGGGAGGGAAUGGGAGUGGGUUGGGUGGUCGGCGUGGCGGUAGCGGGUGUGGCUGGCGGGGUGGCUGCUCUUUUCUGA